CCUAGCCCCACGACCAGGCGCACUCCACGGACGCACGCAGGCGCCGCCCGACCAGGCGCCCGCACGAGCGCCGCCGGUCGCCGUCGCCGGCUGCCCACCGGCUAGGAGGAGCGACGGCUGAAAUCUCCGACGAGAAGAAGGCUCAAGGAAGAGGAAGCUGAAGGCGAGCGAGUGGGGAGGGAAGAAGAUGAAGGUCCGCGCAUCGGUGAAGCGGUUGUGCGGGUUCUGCAAGGUGGUGAAGCGCCGAGGCAUCGUCUUCAUUCACUGCACCGCCAACCCCAAGCACAAGCAGCGCCAGGGCUUCUCCACCCUCGCCGAAGCCGCCGCAUCAUGCACCCACCUGCCGCCGCCCCCGCCACCGACUGCCAGCAGCACCGCCUCCGCCGCAGCGUUUGCGGAGGCUUCCAAGGUGGCUAGGCAAGAGAUGUUUACAAAAUUUAAUUGGCCUCUAGGUUUAGCUGCUCUGCUCAAGAAUGGUGAAAAAUAAUGCGUCUGCUCUACUAUACUCUGACAAUUCAGAAGCAGAUUUGGCACUUUGAUAUUAAGUGAGUUUGUAGCCAAAACCUGAAGCUGUAUCAUCAUGAUGUAUUUUGCAGUCACUACUAGUCAGUUGAGUUGGUCCUGUGGUGGAAUAAUAUCAGCACAUAUUUUUUACGCUCAAUAUGGUUACUCGUUCAAACAAAAUUUAUUACACAUUUGAAGAAUGCUGAUAUACAUGACAGAGCUAUUUAUCUU